AGUUUUCUCCGUGUGAUAACAAUGUCGUCGGAAGUGCAACAGACGGGCGCUUUGAGAGGGCUUCUCAAGACGAUAAUAAGAUCAGUCAUCAUUGGUCGCACUAAGGAGAUUAUCCUCCUUCGUCUGUUGCUGCUAUAUGCGGUGAAGAGCCAUAUUAAGGUUGCAUGCCUCGUUGUGUACAGAUCAGUGAAUGCCCUGAGGCUCACCUUGCGAGAUAUGAAGUUGCCCUGGUCAGCAAGGAUUCGCCUCCUUAGCCACUACGUUGCGAGGAUCCUACGAGUUAUCGUUGGUGCGGUACUUGUGCGAGGACGGAAAUCCUCUAAAUUGCCACUGACGGUUGAGCUAGUGCUCGAGAUGAUGAGACCACAUGAGCUUCUGGAAUCGGAGAGUAGCCUCAUCUACGCUACAGUGUCCAAAGUCGACGAUACAUGGUUGUCAUUCUUCUUCCCAUUAUACGCGAGAAUUGCUCUACCCGGGAUUCGAACCGAGGAGGACAAGGUUGGGUCUGUACCAGCUGCAUGGGUUCAUACAGGACCAGUAGAGCGAUGGUCUAUGGGAGGUCCGCGAGCUUCGCAAUCCAUCGUUGUCUUGUAUUUCCUUCAUGGCGGUGGGUAUAUCUUCCUCGAUGGAGUGCACUCUCAUCUUGAGUACUGCGCUCGGUUGGUGAUGAAAACCCAGCAGGAGUUCGACGACAUACUAGGUCAAAACGUGGCCCCACGUGUCAUCGGCUUCAUCAUUGACUAUAGGAAGGCCCCUCAGUACGUCUUCCCAACAGCUGUUGAGGAUGCUGUUAAGAGCUAUGCGUAUUUACUAAGUGGCCGCAGUCGCUAUCCUGUGUCAUCUAGUAGAGACAUUGUGGUGUGUGGUGACUCGGCUGGAGGUGGCCUGUCUAUUGCGAUGGUACUCGCACUGGCGAAGGGGCAUUUCACUCCUGAGGGAAAGCCCAUGCCGUUACCCGGCGCGAUGGGCGUUUGCAGUCCAUUCUUGGACCUGAGGAGGGCGAUCGAUAAUAAGGCGUAUCAGAGUCGAAUAUGCUAUUUGACUGAUGCCUGCAUCUGGAUGUGUGCUGAUCUCUAUUUAUUCGGGGACACCGAGAAUGGGGAUGCUGAAUGCCCACCUGCUGAAAGCGAUCCAGAAUCUUGGCGGCGCGCAAGAUUCUUGACACCCGAUGUCACAAUGAAUCCACUGGCGUCGCCGCUGCAUGCUGAUCUAACUCCACUUAGAGACAUCCCUAUUAUCGUUCAGAGUGGGGACAGCGAGGGUCUGCUUGUGGACACCCUUGCAUUGGCGCGAAGGGCGAAAGUGUAUGGUCUGUCGAAAUUGUCCAUCGAGGUUUAUACCGACAUGUUCCAUAUCUUCCCGCUUUUUGCAUGGGUGAGAGAUGGGGUCUCCGCGCUCGAGAUUGGUGAAGCUUCUUCAGCUGCUGCCGUCGGGCAUGGUCGCCGUUAA